CCCACAUGUGAGCCCUCUUUUUGCACCACGCGCCGUCGGUAAGGGACGGAACCGGCAGGGAGGCAACGUCACACCGCGGUCCGGUAAAAACAACGAAGAGGAGCGGCGGAGCCUCUGUGGCAGGUGCCGAAGCGAUUAACGUUAACUUACAGCAGGGAAGAUGGCGGACGACCCGAGCGCCGCGGACAGGAACGUGGAGAUCUGGAAAAUUAAGAAGCUGAUCAAAAGUUUGGAGGCGGCCAGAGGUAAUGGGACCAGUAUGAUUUCAUUGAUCAUCCCUCCUAAGGAUCAGAUCUCCAGAGUGGCCAAGAUGCUGGCUGAUGAGUUUGGGACGGCCUCCAAUAUCAAAAGCAGAGUUAACAGACUGUCAGUGCUGGGAGCCAUCACUUCAGUACAGCAGAGACUCAAACUCUACAACAAAGUGCCCCCUAAUGGUCUUGUAGUGUACUGCGGAACCAUUGUGACAGAGGAGGGCAAAGAGAAGAAAGUCAACAUUGACUUUGAGCCUUUCAAACCCAUCAAUACCUCGCUCUAUCUCUGUGACAACAAAUUUCACACUGAGGCUCUGACGGCGUUGUUGUCAGAUGACAGCAAGUUUGGCUUCAUAGUGAUCGAUGGUAGUGGGGCACUAUUCGGGACCUUACAGGGAAACACUAGAGAAGUGCUGCACAAAUUUACAGUGGACCUUCCCAAAAAACACGGUCGAGGAGGGCAGUCUGCGCUGCGUUUUGCCAGGUUGAGAAUGGAGAAGAGACAUAACUACGUGCGUAAAGUGGCUGAGACAGCAGUGCAGCUUUUUGUGUCAAACGAUAAGGUCAAUGUGGCUGGCAUGGUGCUGGCUGGAUCUGCAGACUUCAAAACUGAACUCAGCCAGUCCGACAUGUUCGAUCCGAGGUUACAGGCGAAGGUUUUAAAGCUGGUGGAUAUCUCUUAUGGUGGAGAGAAUGGUUUCAACCAGGCCAUUGAGCUAUCAGCUGAGGUCCUUUCCAAUGUCAAAUUCAUUCAAGAGAAGAAGCUAAUAGGUCGCUAUUUUGAUGAGAUAAGCCAGGACACGGGCAAGUACUGUUUUGGUGUGGAGGACACACUGAAGGCAUUGGAGAUGGGGGCAGUGGAGAUCCUCAUUGUUUACGAGAACCUGGACACCAUGAGAUACAUCCUACGAGUACAUGGGGCAGAGGGAAACGGAGCAGAGAAUGAUGAGAAGACCAUAUAUUUGACACCUGAGCAGGAGAAGGAUAAGUCUCACUUCACAGACAAAGAGACAGGGCAGGAGCAUGAACUGAUCGAGUGUAUGCCACUCUUGGAGUGGUUUGCUAAUAACUAUAAGAAAUUUGGAGCCACGCUGGAGAUCGUCACGGACAAGAGUCAGGAGGGUUCACAGUUCGUCAAGGGCUUUGGAGGAAUUGGGGGUAUCUUGCGGUACAGAGUGGAUUUCCAAGGGAUGGAAUACCAAGGAGAGGAUGACGAGUUUUUCGAUUUGGAUGACUACUAGGUAGUCGGGAACUGAAAUAGGAAGAAAAACGAAAAGAAAGAAUGAAUGAAGAAAUAUGGAAAGAAAUGCGUAUUUCUUUUGCAGCAAGAGAGUGUGUGGACUCUAAUUAACCACAAACCCACACGUAAACAUGCACACACAAACACAUGCAGACAGUUCCAGAUGCUGAAAAGGAGGAGUUAACUGUCUGUCAAUCAAGUGAAGGACCGAGCCUUCAUGAAUUAAUGAAUAUGCCCCUGCCUUAGAGUGCUCUGAUUGGAUAGGACUUUGCCUCAUUUUGUUUAUUCUCUUUGUCUCCCUAUUGAAUUAAAGCGACAGCACGUGCCCAGGAUGUAACUCUGCUCUGUCCAAGGAAGAAAGGUUCUUUGGACUCACUCCUCUUAUACAGAAAUAUAUUUUUCUUUAUAUCCCUCCCUCCCUCUCUUCUUUCCUUCAUCAACCCAUCCCUACCUCUGUCUCUCUGGGUCCUUUUUGCAUUUCUUUUUUUUUGUUUUUUUUUUUGUUUUUUUUUACUGGCAACUGCUGCUGCUGUAUUUUAUGACAGUGUGGGAUACCUGGGUUUCUGUAGCGAUUGGGGGGACAAAAAAGUAUUAAAUUUGAACUGCUUAAAACCAA